AUGAAUUCAGAUCGGCUGAUUGUGCAAAAAUAUGUUCAGCGAGGAUUAACCGGUGGACAAAUUUUUCUGCAUGUGAAACAACUCAGAAUAACACGUAAUUGUGUUUAUCGUACCAUAAGUCUAUUGCGUGAUACUGGAUCAAUACAAGAUCGUCCUCGAUCUGGUCGACCUCGCACGUGUCGGUCCAAAGAACGCAUCACAAGAAUAAGAGAAAAAAUCCGGCGAAAUCCUGCAAGGUCCGCAAGAAAGUUAGCAAUUGGCGAACAUAUCGAUAAUCGAUCAAUGCGACGAAUCUUGCAAAUUGAUCUCGGUCUUAAACCUUACAAAAAACGUAAAUUGCAUGAACUAUCGGAGAAGCAAACGGUGGCUAGGCUUAAAAGAUGUAAAACAUUGUUGGUCCAGCACGAUUCCGAUGAUAUUCGAAAAAUCGUAUUCUCGGAUGAGAAGUUAUUCAUCGUCGAACAGAAAUAUAAUCGUCAAAAUGAUCGAAUCUACUCGUUAUCAAUCGAAGAUAUUCCUGAAAAUAUAAGAACCGUGCAGCGGUUUCAGAACCCGAGAUCCACCAUGGUAUGGAGUGCUGUAUCCUACAACGGGAAAAUCCCAUUGAAAUUCGUUGAACAGGGCGUUAAAAUCAAUGCGAAACAUUAUCAAAAUGAAAUCUUGACAUCCACAUUAAUGCCAAACAUCAGUACGUUGUAUUCAGAUAAUCAAUGGAUAUUCCAGCAAGAUUCAGCCCCUGCUCAUAAAGCAAAGUCAACACAGCAAUGGUUAGUGGAAAGUUGUCCAGAUUUUAUCAGUUCCGAAGAAUGA